CUUCCACAGCGAGCAAUGCAGGGACCAACAGGCCCGAUGGGUCUGACAGGAUUGCCAGGACCAGUGGGGCCUUCUGGACUUACAGGUAUUAAAGGUGAAACUGGAGACCAAGGAGAAGAGGGUCCCAGAGGUCUUCGUGGAAUGAUGGGUUUUCCAGGACGAGUUGGCAGAAGGGGUCAGGCUGGUAAGGAUGGAGAAAGAGGAAGAACAGGACACAUUGGAAGAAAGGGGGAUAGAGGCCUUCCUGGACUCCCUGGUCUGCCAGGAGAAAAGGGAGAAAGGGGUUUUCCUGGAUCUCCUGGUGAAGCUGGGCUUCCUGGACAUGAAGGUCCACAGGGAGAUGAAGGGCAACAAGGAUUACCUGGAAUUCCUGGAGAGAUGGGUCCAAGAGGAUUUCCUGGUCCAAGAGGGUUUCCUGGUCUGUCAGGACCUCCUGGCAUUCCAGGCUCAGAAGGCCCAGUUGGACCAAAAGGAAAAGAGGGUCCAGCUGGUCAGCCAGGUCAACCUGGAAGUACAGGAUCACCUGGACCAAUGGGUCCACCAGGACCACAAGGACCCCUAGGUCCACAGGGUCUUUCAGGUCCAAGGGGUAAACCUGGACUUCCUGGACUUCCAGGAGCAGAUGGACUUCCAGGUCACCCAGGGAAUCCUGGGAAUAAUGGAGCCAAGGGAGAUAGGGGUCAACCAGGUACUCAAGGCCCAAUGGGAUUUUCUGGUCAGCGUGGUGUUAAGGGUGACCAAGGAGCCCGUGGCUUGAUGGGAGAGAAAGGAGACAAGGGUUCACAGGGACCAAGUGGAGAGAAAGGAGAUCAGGGUCAUAAGGGAGUUGUAGGUUUAAAGGGACCAGAUGGAAUGCCUGGAAUAGAGGGUCCUGAAGGCCCCAAAGGAAUUGCUGGUCCCCGAGGAGAAAUGGGACCACCAGGGCCACCUGGAGAGAAAGGUAAAAUGGGAAUACCAGGAUUUCCUGGUUAUCCAGGUUCGACUGGUAGUAAGGGUGAGAAAGGCUCUGGAGGAAAACCAGGUGACAAAGGACAAAAGGGUGAAAUUGGUCUGUUGGGCCCACCUGGAGAACGAGGGGAACCAGGACCUAGAGGAAACAGAGGCCGAAGAGGUAGCCGAGGAAAGAGGGGUCCACGAGGAGGAAAGGGUAGUAUAGGAGAACCUGGACCAGCAGGUUCACAGGGAGAAAGAGGACCCCAAGGGCCAGUAGGACCACGAGGUUUUGCUGGCCCUCGUGGACCUCCAGGACCAUCCGGUAAAAAUGGACUUCCAGGACAGUCUGGAGAACGAGGACCUCCAGGAGAACCUGGGCCUCAUGGACCACCUGGCCCACCUGGUGUUGUUGGACCACAGGGACCAGCAGGAGAGCCAGGCCCUUCUGGGGAUACAGGACUUCCUGGAACUCCAGGUGUCCCAGGAGAACAGGGUCUUCCUGGAGAGGCUGGUAAAGAAGGACCUCCUGGUCCAUCAGGUCGUCCUGGAGUCAAAGGUCCUCCUGGACCUCCUGGAGCAGUUGGAGCACCUGGAGAACGAGGAUUAAGUGGUCCUCCUGGAAUUCCUGGAUUGAAAGGUGAAGAUGGACCUCCUGGGCCUCCUGGACCUUUUGGAGAAAAAGGUUCAAUGGGUUUUCCAGGUAAUCCAGGACCUCCAGGUGAAAAGGGGCGACUUGGACCUCCUGGACCACCAGGGCCAGCUGGUUCAAAAGGAGAUAAGGGAGAUGGAGGAUUACCAGGUCCUUCUGGAAGAGAUGGACCACCUGGUGCCAGAGGUUUACCAGGACCAGCAGGACCAGUAGGAACUCCAGGAGAAGAUGGAGACAAGGGUGAAAUGGGAAUGCCUGGUCAGAAGGGAUUAAAAGGAACUAAAGGAAAUACUGGACCAGCAGGAGGCAUUGGCUCACAGGGUAUCAGAGGUGAACCAGGACCUCCUGGUCCUGAAGGAGAGAGAGGAAUGGCUGGACCUCAAGGGCCAAGGGGACCAAAAGGAGAAGAUGGACCAGUUGGUCCACCAGGGCCAUCUGGGCCUCCAGGCGUGCAGGGACUUCCUGGACCUCAAGGUAUGAAGGGUGGCAAGGGAGAUCCAGGCAAAACAGGACCAGCUGGGCCUGCAGGCCAGCCAGGAGAACCUGGUCCACCUGGAUCAAAGGGAGGAGAAGGUGUGCCAGGACCUCCAGGACCAGAAGGUAAGCAAGGACCUAAGGGUGAAUCAGGUCUUCCAGGUAUUCCAGGUCCACCAGGCAUAGAUGGAGAACAUGGUAAACGAGGCCCACCAGGCCAAAAAGGAGAAAGUGGAAAACCUGGUCUACAGGGACCACCAGGAGUUAGAGGGCCUCAAGGCCCAGAAGGACCCAAAGGCUCACCAGGUGCUCCAGGUUAUCCAGGACCCACAGGAGAAGCUGGAACUCCUGGAAUAAAGGGAGAACGAGGAUUGGAUGGAGACGAUGGAAAGCCUGGAGAACCAGGACCACCUGGCACACCUGGAGAAGCUGGAGAAAUGGGAUUGCCUGGAGCCCCAGGAAAAACAGGUCCUGAUGGCUCUGCUGGUGCUCAGGGUGAUAUAGGUCUACCAGGUGAGAAGGGAGAUCAGGGUGUCGAAGGACCUGUUGGAGAACAGGGACCACCUGGACCUCCAGGACAAGCAGGUCCUCCUGGACCAUCAGGACUAAGAGGAUCUCCUGGCCCAGCGGGAGAUGUUGGACCACCUGGACUUAGUGGACCACCAGGUCAACCUGGACUCAUAGGUCCACCUGGAAUUAAAGGAGAAAUAGGAGUGAGGGGUCGUAAAGGAGUGAAGGGACAUCGUGGUCGAAUGGGGCGUGCAGGAAGAAAAGGAGACCCAGGAGAGAAAGGAGAAAAGGGAAUGAAAGGACCUAUUGGACCUCCAGGACUUAAAGGAGAUGUUGGACCACCAGGAAUGGAGGGUCAAAAAGGGAAUGAUGGACCACAAGGGGAAUUGGGACCAGAAGGACCAGCAGGACCUAAAGGAUCUACAGGACCAACUGGACCAAAAGGUGAUCCUGGACCACUGGGACCUCCAGGACCACCUGGACCUCCAGCAGAAGCACCACAGAUUCCUCCAGAGAUGCUUUUCCAAGGAGACAGACCACCAUACUUAAGGUACAAGAGGAGUACUGAUUUUGAUAAAGAUUAUAUCAAAGAGCCAAAAGAAUCUGGACCUGAAGCAGGCCUUCAGAAGAAGUUAUAUAACAUGUAUGCCAACAUCUAUUCCAUAAAAAAAGACUUGGAAAAGAUGAAAAAACCUGUUGGAACCCGAGAGAAUCCAGCCAGGUCCUGUAAAGAUCUUUAUUAUGCUCAUCCUCAACUAGAUAAUGGAUGGUAUUGGAUUGACCCAAAUUUGGGAGUCCCUGAUGAUUCUGUGUUUGUCUUUUGUAAUAUGACAGGGUCAGGUGAAACCUGUGUGUAUCCUGACAAACACGCUUCUAUGAUGCCAAACUUAUCAUGGAAGAGAGGCAACAAAGCUAAAUGGUUCAGUAGUUUACAGGGUGGAUUUAAAAUCACUUACCAAACCGUUGGACCUGUGCAAUUGACAUUCUUACGAUUGCUGAGUUCAGUGGCCUACCAAAAUUUUACCUACACCUGCAUUAAUUCUGUGGCCUGGUACAACCAACAAAAUUUCAACUAUGCCUAUUCUAUCAAGUUACUGGGUGAUAAUCAGCAAGAGUUUGGGACCCACACAUACAGGCCUGUUGUUUCUUAUGAUGGCUGUAAAAGCCGAAGCUCUAAUGAUAGGACAGUAUUCCAAAUUCGGACAAACAAACUGGCACAGCUUCCCCUGGUGGAUUUUUUCCCUAAAGACUAUGGUUUCCCUCAUCAAGCCUUUGGGUUCGAUGUUGGACCAGUGUGCUUCAGCUAACAGGAAGUUGUUUUGUUUUCUGUAUUUUUAAUUUGUUUGUAUUAUGUUUUUAAAUGUAAGAGUAAUUUUUACUGCCUUUAAAAGUGCUUACAUGGCACUCAGAUACACACACUGCCAUUAUUGAACUCUAGUAUUAAACAUUUGUGUUCAUUUGCAAUUUGCUGCUUAUAUAAGAUCUACAGUGAAGAUUAUAUGUAUGUAUUUAUAUCUUUUUCUUUUGUCAUCUAUCAAAUACUAUUGUACAAUGCAAAUAUUGUAAAUGCCUUAUUGCAACAUAUUUUUGUACAGCUUGUCUCCUAGUGGCAAUAAAAGCUUUUAUGUCUUUUUACAGAA